GACAGAGAGAGAGAACCAGAUCGCCUCGUCGUCUCCAUUUCACUGGCUCGCCGUUGACCAAUUCAGCUCCAAAAACAUCUCCAGACCUAGCGGCCCUUCCGCCCCCCGGCACCGCACGACGGAGAUGGCGAAUCCGAUCCCGCGCUCGGCGGUCCUCGCCGUCCUGGCCCUCCUCUUCCUGCUGGCGUCGCCGUGCCUCGCCGCCUCCGACGUCCCCUUCAUCGUCGCUCACAAGAAGGCCGCCCUCAAGCGGCUCAAGUCCGGCGCCGAGCGCGUCCUCGUCUCCAUCGACGUCUACAAUCAGGGAUCCUCGAUCGCAUAUGAUGUAAGUCUUUCUGAUGAUAGCUGGUCUCAAGAACUGUUUGAUGUUGUCAAUGGCAACACUUCUCAGUCAUGGGAUAGACUGGAUGCUGGUGGUCUUCUAUCUCAUUCUUUUGAGUUGGAGGCUAAAGAGAAAGGGAUGUUUUUCGGGGCACCAGCAGUCAUUAAGUUCCGUAUCCCAACAAAGGCUCCUCUACAGUUGGCCUACUCUACUCCUAUACUGCCUCUCGAUAUCCUUGCAGAGAGACCUCCUGAGAAGAAAUUUGAGUGGGUAAGUUAAAGACCGACUACUAUGUUCUAAAGAUGGUUAUUAUUGAUUUGUGGAAAAUUUCUUCUUUCUAACUUUGCCCCUUUUCUUUUGCAUGGAUUUAUCUUAUUGACCAACUGAACUUUGCAGGCUAAGAGACUGCUGGCCAAAUACGGAUCUCUGAUUUCUGUGAUCAGUAUUAUGGUUCUGUUUGUGUACUUGAUCAGUACCCCAUCAAAAUCCAGUGGAGCCAAGGGUAGCAAGAAGAGGCGGUGAAGCUGAAAGUUUUGUUCGUGAGGCAAGGCCAGAUCUUCAGCUCACAGGAACGUUGUCUGUGUUUACCUUUUUAGAAAGAAGAGUUCUACUAUUGAGAUAGUUUUAGCCGGUGAUAGAUGAACCAAUUUAUCUUUCGUAAGGCAUGGCACGAAUCACUGCUAAUUUUGUGUUUUGUUUAGUUUACACCUUUACGGUACUAAUGGCUUAUCAAUUUUGGAUUGAGCGUUUAUGUGCUGCUGUAUCUCAUUUCUGCAUAAGUUGGAAUGGACAUUUGAUUUUGUCAUUACACCA